UGCUCCGUGCAUCUUUGCAGCCGUCUUUCAAUGUCUUGGCGUAUCUACCAGCUGCCUAAAACUCACAGGCUGAGCUGUAGUCCACAAGACAAGGUGUGGACGAUUUUAAAGUCACUAAUCAUUUUCCCAAAAGGAAGGUGGUGGUGUUGUUCUUCAGCCUCCGAGUUGCUCCCGUUCCCUUUGAAUUAGUAACGCCCGAAGAAACCCCACGUACCCCGUUUUCUCACAACCAAACUUCGUGAACUUUCUCUUGCUGUUGGACUCCUAUUGGAAAACGAUCUUUAUCCCCGCGUCCCACCCCAUAGCACAGAGGGGAUGCCAGUCACGGUUUCGCCCAGCCCUCCAUCUUGCGUGACCCGACCAUAGCAGCCAAAGUGGGCUGUGAUUUGAAUGCGCAGUGGGGGUUGCGGAGGCAGGCUAAGUUAUCCCUGAAACCUCCUCGACACAGUAGCUGAAAUGGCAGCUCGCUCCCUGUUCACUUUUGCCUUUCUUCUGUUUAGCCUUUCCCGGGCUGUUGAGGCGCAAUACGAGAAAUACAGUUUCCGAAGUUUCCCAAGGCACGAACUGAUGCCCCUGGACUCGGCGUACAAGUACGCGCUGGAUCAGUACACGGGGGAGAACUGGAAAGAAAGCGUGGAGUACCUGGAAGUCAGCCUGCGGCUCUACCGACUGCUGAAAGACAGCGAAGCUUUCUGCAACCUGAACUGCAGCACCGUCCGGCUUGAUAAUGAGGAGAAGUUUGGGGAUUUUCCCGAGCUGCGCGUCUUCGGAAACAUUAUGAAACGGGCGCAGUGCCUGAAGAGAUGCAAGCAGGGGCUGCCGGCUUUCAGACAGACCAUGCCCAGCCGAGACACCGUGGAUGAGUUUGAGAACCGAGAACCGUACAAAUACCUCCAGUACGCCUGCUUCAAAUCCGAUAACCUGGCCAAGGCAGUGUCGGCAGCCCACACCUUCCUGCUGAAGCACCCGGAUGACGAGAUGAUGAAGAGGAACAUGGCCUACUACAAGAGCCUCCCGGGAGCAGAGGAGCACCUCCGCGACCUGGAGACCAAGUCGUACGAGGCGCUGUUCAUCAGAUCAGUGCGAGCCUACAAUGGCGAUAACUUCCGGACCUCGGUGUCGGACAUGGAACUGGCUUUGACCAACUUCUUCAAAACCUACGACGAGUGUCUGGCGGCCUGCGAGGGAUCGAGGGAGAUCAGGGACUUCAAGGAUUUCUAUCCCUCUAUAGCAGACCAUUACACAGAGGUCCUGGAGUGCAAAGUGAAGUGUGAGAGUCAGCUCACUCCAGUGGUUGGCGGCUUUGUUGUAGAGAAGUUUGUGGCGACGAUGUAUCAUUACCUACAGUUUGCCUAUUACAAACUAAAUGAUGUGAAGAAUGCCGUGCCUUGUGUGGCGAGCUACAUGCUGUUUGAUCCCAACGAUGAAGUGAUGAAGAGCAACGUGGUUUACUAUCGGUAUCACAAAGACAAAUGGGACCUCACAGAGGAGGAUUUCCAGCCCAGAGCUGAGGCGGUUCGAUAUUUCAAUCAGACCACCAUGCAGCUAAACCUGCUUGAAUUUUCCAAACAGCAUUUACAGCCCGAUGAUGAGGAACCCCCCAACUACACGCAUUCACACGACACUGCAGUAGUCUGGCUUCCUGCAGAGUCUCACAGCCAUUUUCCAACCACGAUGCACAUGUAUGCAUGAUAAAGGACUGAGAUGGAGGUGUUGGAGUUUCUCGAUGAGCUUCUGGAGGCAGACGAGAGUAGCUAAUCUUGGCGUCUGAACCCGACUUUUAAGCAAAAUAACAAGAAAAGGCGAACAAACACUUCGAGCAUGUAGCAGAGGAAUAUGUCUCCCUUUUUAUUGUAUUUAUUUGGAGACGGGUUUCUGACUUCAUUUUACAUGCAUUGGUUUCAUAUUUUUAUCCUGUCUUUUUUGUCUUUUGUUCGGAAGCCAGGAUUACCUCUCUGACUCAUGUAUACUUUGUUUUAGUUUUAUUUUUGUAAAAAAAACCAAAACAAAAUCGUUGUUGUCCAGCGUGUGGUGCCAUGUGGUAAAAUAUUAACAAACUCUU